AUGCCUGGAAGAUUAUUCAAUCCAAAUCAUUUACAUUUUCCAUUACUUGCUUUAUCAAUUGGUUUAUUAGGUUAUGCAUUAGCUACUGCGGAUUGGCCAUGUGGAAAUUUAUAUACUCAAUGUUUUAAAACUAUACCGAUUAUUAUUGUUCUUAUAUUAUUAUCUGCAGGUGUGGGUGGUUUAGGAUUAAUAUUCCUUUGUGAUUUAUUUGGUGCUUGUAAUAGUAAAUGGAUACCUGGGCCAGUAUGUACAACAAUUAAAUUAAUGAUUUUAUUUGUUUCAGCUAGUGCUGUAUUAACAGGUAAUUUAUUAUAUACAUAUUGGAAAUUACCAUAUUGGUCAUAUACUUUAUCAUUAAUUGGUAGUGUAACAGCUUCACAAGUUGUUAUAUUAGCUAUAUUAAAUAGUCGAUGUUUAGCAUCAAAAUUAUAGAAUUUUUUGUGUAUUUAUGACAUACUACUUAUUUACUUAUUUUCCUUUUUCGUAUUAUCUAAUAAGAUAAUGAAGUCUUUCAUUGUACCUACAUAUCUCUUUUUGUUCAUACAUAAAGGUAAUCUGUUUAAUUGUGAUACAACAACUUAAAAGUUACCCUUUUUUAUUUGUUAACUUCUUCAUUUUCUCGUUUGUUUGUUUGUUUAUUUUUCCCUACCUUUACUUAUACGUGCCUUUUGUUCGGUUAUGUUUUGUUUUGUUUUCUAUUCAUAUCUGAAAUUAUGGAUAAAAUCCAAAAUGGUUUUAUCCUAUAAUUAUAUUGUUACAUAUCGAUAUCUGAGAGACUAUUUCAUCAGUUGAAUUUCCUUAAAUGUUUGUUUGUUUUCUUUCUUCUUCCUCUUCCUCUUCUUCUUGUUCUUCUCCUUCUUCUCUCAAUGUAAAUUGUCUUGAGAUAGUGGAGAUUUGUAGAUCAAGUAGAUGAUUUUGACGGAGCUUUGUUCUCUGAGGUUAGACAAAAAAAUCUCCAUGUAAAUUGUCUUCCAAUUAAAUUACUACAUGAAAUGAACUGUAUAAAGUACAUUAAAAGGCAAUGAAUAUAACUUCAUGUAUAUAUACAUAUAUACGUAUAUAUGUCUUGAUUAAUUUUGUAAAUUUCUAGUUUAUUUCAAAGACAACUAUUCAUUUGAAAGUAAUUCACAAUGUCCAGUUAUAUAUCAAUUAAU